UCCCUUUCCUGAGACACGGGUCCUUGUUAUGCUCUCGCCGGCAUCUAAAGAGAAGACGGCUAGGGGGGGAACUUUGACAAUUAGCCGCUAGCACUUAAUUGUAUUUUUUUAUUUCAAUUUCUAAUUAUUGUGUGGCGUUUCCCAUGCAGAGAGAUGUGGUUUAUUUAUUUACUAAGCUGGCUGUCGCUGGUGAUCCAAAUAUCCUUCGUUACUCUAGCGAUCGCUGCAGGUCUCUAUUACUUGGCAGAACUUAUAGAGGAAUACACAGUGGCCACGCGCCGAAUAAUAAAGUACAUGAUAAUGUUCUCCACAGGGGUCCUGGUCUCCCUGUAUCUGUUUGAGGGCUUCCCUGCACUGAAUGUGGCCGUGGGUCUCUUCACCAACCUGGUGUACUUUGGCCUCCUACAGACCUUCCCUUAUAUACUGCUGAGCUCGCCCAAUUUUAUACUUUCCUGCGUGCUGGUGGUGGUCAACCACUACAUGGCUUUCCAGUACUUUGCAGAGGAGUACUACCCCUUCUCGGAGGUGCUGGCCUACUUCACCAUCUGCCUGUGGAUCAUCCCCUUCUCCUUCUUCGUGUCCCUGUCGGCGGGGGAGAACGUCCUUCCUUCGACCAUGCAGCAAGGAGACGAUGUGGUGUCCAACUACUUCACCAAGGGCAAGCGAGGCAAGAGGUCCAGCAUCCUGUCCAUGUUCUCCUUCCUCAAGGAGGCCGUGCUGCCCAGCCGACAGAAGAUGUACUGAGGAGGACACGUUGGGGGAGGGAGGGAGGGAGGGAGGGAGGGAGGGAGGGGGGAGGCUCAGGGGCAGUGGUGGACGUUGAUUUGAGGGGCGGGGAAUUACAAGGUUAAACAAAAACAAAAAUCAAUGGAAUUCGUAUUCAACUCUCUCCCUCGGACUAUGGCGAACGGGGGAGGGAAGGAGGGAGGGAGAGAGAGCGAGAGGAAGCCAAAGGGGACGGACCCCGACGUACGGAGCUGCCUGCCGUCGACGGGGGACUGCUCUGGAGAGUUUACAACGGGUCGCGGCCGGCUGGGUCUGUCGCGUGCGUCCGUCUUGUCUCUGCGUCUGUAUUGACCGCCAAAAAACAUGUACCGUUGACGAAGACUUCCCAGGGGGUGGGGGGGGACUCAAACAGUACCGCGAUGGCUUCUCAUGUUGCUGUGCACCUUUUUUUUGUUCUAAUGUGCCCCAUACAUGCUAACGUCACUUGGAGGAACAUCGGAGUGCAGGAGCUGUAAAGGGGGAGGGACCGUUUUUUUUCUAAGUUUUAAUAUCACUGUCCAUCUGUGGGACACUAGUUGAGCCACAGCUGUGCGUCGCUCCAUUUCUUGGCAGGAAGUCACCCAAAUCCUCACCCAAAUUUUGUUUUGGGUGCCGCAUUUGAAUUUCAAAUUCAAUCGCGACAAUCCCUCCUCCCCCGCCCCCCCAAUCCAGCUGCUAUAAAAACAUGUGGGGAGGGGAAAAAGUGUUUCUCAGCGCUAGACUUGAUUAGGUUCAGAACCACAGUGUUGGCGAAGUUGAUUAAGCUGCAGUAGAAGGGAACUAGAGGAUUUCCGGACGUUAUUCUGACCUCGCUGCGGUAGGCGAUUCGCGGUUAAUGGGUAUAACCCCACCAACCCCACCCCACCCCAACACAGGCACAGCAUUUCCUAAUGGAAUAGAAUUUAAGGUUGUAAAGCGGCAGGAGGAAGAGGAGGGAUGAGCAGAAAAAGGCGCCGGUGUUGGAAUGAGCUCAUGCGGUUGUUUUUAAUUGGUCUUCUUUUGUGUUCCAUCGAUCAACCAAUCACAAACUCUUUCUUUGGGACUGCUUUUUAAUAGUCUUAAGUUUGCCCCUCCCCUGUAGGCUUUGGUGGUGAAACAUUUUUAGUCCCAGGUCACCUGACAAAUUAACGCAUUUAAGGAAAGAAAUGGUACAGUCGGUACAAUGUAUUUUGUUUUGUAAACUAAUAGGGGUCUGAUGAAAAAGAGUUGGACUGCUUCAGCUAUUUGAGAGAAAUAUCAAGAAAGGCAGUUAGGCAGUACUUAGAAUCUUUUUUAAUUGAUUACGGUGGGUGGAAAUCAAGUUUGUAUGCACAAAGCUGCACCAUACAUUAAAGAUUUCAAAAUACAAA